CUCGAUCUGCGGACACUGGGGCAGGAGCGAUGCCUGCGCGCAGUCGCCACCGUCCGCGCCCCCACUCCAGGUCUCCUCCCCGGGCUCCGCCCCCGCCGCUCGAGGCCGUGGACUCCGGCGGCGCUCGGAGGGCCGCGGACUCCGACGGCGGCUCGGAAGCCGACUCGGAGGUGGGUCCGGGCAGUCCUCCUCGGACGGCGGAGACAGUGGAGAAGGAAAUGGCUGGUCCUAAUCAACUCUGCAUUCGCCGCUGGACUACCAAGCAUGUAGCUGUGUGGCUGAGGGAUGAAGGCUUCUUUGAAUAUGUGGACAUAUUGUGCAAUAAGCACCGACUUGAUGGAGUCACAUUGCUAACGUUGACUGAAUAUGAUCUCCGGUCUCCUCCUCUGGAAAUCAAAGUCUUAGGGGACAUUAAACGGUUAAUGCUUUCUGUCCGAAAAUUGCAGAAAAUACAUAUUGAUGUUUUAGAAGAGAUGGGAUACAACAGUGACAGCCCCAUGAGUUCCAUGACCCCUUUCAUCAGUGCUCUUCAGAACGCAGAGUGGCUGUGUAAUGGGGAGCCUUCGCAUGACUGUGAUGGACCCAUUGCUGAUUUGAAUUCUGAUCAGUACCAGUACAUGAACGGUAAAAACAAACAUUCUGUUCGAAGACUGGACCCAGAGUACUGGAAGACCAUAUUAAGUUGUAUAUAUGUUUUUAUAGUAUUUGGAUUUACAUCUUUCGUUAUGGUUAUAGUCCAUGAGCGAGUGCCUGACAUGCAGACCUAUCCACCACUCCCAGAUAUAUUCUUAGACAGUGUUCCUAGAAUCCCCUGGGCCUUCGCCAUGACAGAAGUGUGUGGUGUGAUCCUGUGCUACAUUUGGAUCCUGGUUCUUCUUCUUCACAAACACAGGUCAAUACUUCUGCGAAGGCUCUGUAGUCUGAUGGGCACUGUGUUCUUGCUUCGCUGCUUUACCAUGUUUGUGACCUCCCUCUCCGUGCCAGGACAACACCUGCAGUGCACUGGAAAGAUAUAUGGCAAUGUAUGGGAGAAACUACGCCGGGCCUUUGCCAUUUGGAGUGGCUUUGGUAUGACCCUAACUGGUGUUCACACUUGCGGAGAUUACAUGUUCAGUGGCCACACAGUCGUCCUAACUAUGCUGAAUUUCUUUGUCACUGAAUAUACACCAAGGAGCUGGAAUUUCUUGCACACUUUAUCCUGGGUUCUCAACCUCUUUGGAAUCUUCUUCAUUUUGGCUGCCCAUGAACAUUAUUCCAUUGAUGUGUUUAUUGCCUUUUAUAUCACAACAAGACUCUUUUUAUAUUACCAUACUCUAGCUAAUACCAGAGCAUAUCAGCAGAGUAGGAGAGCAAGAAUUUGGUUUCCCAUGUUUUCUUUUUUUGAAUGUAAUGUUAAUGGUACAGUACCUAAUGAAUAUUGUUGGCCAUUUUCAAAACCAACAAUAAUGAAAAGACUAAUUGGAUGAAGAUUAUCUUUGUUAUGUGUUCAUGAUUAAAUAUACAGUAGUUGUUGAAAGUGAAUAACUUUGCUUUCUCCCCCCUAGGUUGUUCGUGGAUGCCUUGCUUUUUGGCUUAUAUGUUGACAGAGUAAAGGUCCCUAUUCUGAGCAAGGCCCUAUUCUGAUUAUAGAAAGCAAGACGGAACAAUCAAGAGUCCUUACGUAUCUGUUUGAAUGGAAAACCUAAGUAGAUGUUUUUGCCCCUUCGGUUUAGACAGAGGUAAUGUUGCAAUUGAAGUCGGGCUGUUACCCCUACCUGUUGAGUAUUUGCUUAUUGAAUUUAGCAAAUCAAGUUAAGCAGUGUGCUGGUUUAAAGAUUUUGAUUGCUUUAAUUUCCAGUAGGACUCCAGGCAAGAAAUAAUAUUUUUUGAAGUUCCGUAUAAUCUUCAAAGGAAAAACCCCUACCAAGUGAAUAGUACUUAUUCUUUGAAUUAAUCUGUGUCUUUUUAACAAUGCAACUCUGGAAAGUAAUUGGUUUUACUAACAUAAUCCUUGCCUUCUGAGAUCUUUAAAAAAGUAUAUUGAACAUACCAGGAUGCCCGAAACAAAAAGAGAAAAGGGGCCAUACUUGAGGUGACAGAGUCCUAUGUGGUACUGGCAUUUUUCACCAGAGAUGCAAUGAAAGAUGCCUGUAUUGUUCUGAGGGUUCUGUAUGAGCACAGCUUUAUGGGGGGAGAUGGCCGUGUCCAUAAAUGUAAAACUGGAUGAAUUUUAGUAAUGGAACAACUUUGUGCUGUAGCUGUUAGUUAGAUGGCAGCCCAGUUUUGUGCUUUUCAAUGAUGUUAUUUGUUAUUUAAUGAGAAAAAGUGUGGAGUGUUUUACCAGAUAUUAGAUACAGUUCUUAUGUCCUUAAGUAUGGAGAUACACGCAUGCAAAAAAUACUUUUUUCUCCUUGUGAAAAGAAGUGUAUAGAAGGUUGCAGGCAUAGUAUAACUUUCCGACUUUUGAAAUUUCUGAUUCUUGGCCAUCAGAAGUAAGCAGUCACAGACAUAUUUGGAUAAAAAAAGGUUUUGUUGUUUUUUAAUUUUAAAUACAAUUGUGUGCAUACAUUCUUUCUAUUUAGUCUUAAUUUGGCAGUCAGGAAAUGAUAUAAUUUAGUGGCCAUUUACAACGCUAGAAAUUUAGUACCUCGUGUAAUUUGAUCUCUGGUAAUAACUGUCACUUCACUUUUAAUGGUUUUAUAGAAUAGUUAUAGCAGUAGGAUGCUUGUGAAAUUGCAAUUUGAAACCCAGAUGAUGAGCUUAGCCACUUGGAAUAUUAAUUGUGUGGUUUUACAUUCCAUUUUAGAACAAGGAAUUAGAAAAGGUGCUGGCAUAUUGAGGUCUAAAAUUAGGUCACUUAGCAGGAGUCUGCUCCUUAUGUGGGUGAAAUAUAUUUUAUUUUUGCACUUUGAGUUAUAUUUCCACCCUUGUAUAAGCUACAGAGGAACCUAAAUGGAUUGGGUAAGAAAGGAGUAUUACGUGAACAAGUUUGAGCCAGUGCUGAAUGACCCCCAGUUUGAGUCUUCUCUGAACACUAUUUUUAUUUCCCCAUUGAGAAAUGGCACAAGGCAACUCAUUGUAUUAUGCUUUUAUAUCUCAUGCUUCGGAAUCUUAUAAUAUCUUAAAGUGUUGAUUCUAUUACGUGCUAGAAACAGAAUGCCAAUAUUUCAUCUAAGGAAAUUGCAUAAUGAUGAAGGAGUUUGACCCUUGAUGUCAAAAGAUCUGGCACUAUCAUUUUUUCCAAAUGACAGUACAGGACCAAAUUAGGUAGGGAGGUUCCUAAUGUUGGCUUUUGAGAAAAUGUUUGGAAGAAAAAUCUCUGGCAACGUUAAGUCAAGAAUGUUAAGUAGCUGCUUAAUGCUAAUUUUCCUGCCAUCAGCCUUCUUUUUUCUUCAUAUGGAUUCUAUCUAUAGAACAAAAGAAAAAAUAAAUUGCAACUAAUUUGCAGAGCUAUUGACGUUGAGAGUGUCUAGCAGCAAACUGCAGUGAGGAUCAUAAAAUAACUUCAGAGCCUUGCAUUUAUCAAAUCUGUUUUGAGGAAAAGGUAAGCUAGACUUCUAAUUUAUUACUAUAACUAUUACAAGGCAGUGUUUACGUAAAUCAAUCAUCUCCAAGUCUCUUUCUUGGAAAACUUUGAGACAGAAUUUUUUUUCUUGAUAUGAAACCUGUAUUUUAGUUGCUUUCCGUUUGUACAGAAAUUUCCAGAUUUUUAUCUUUGUAUUUUUUUUCUCAUUAAAAUCUAGACUAUAGUGAAAGUACUGUUUACAUUUACAUGUUGGGCGUGAGUGUGGCUAGGUAGAAAGGCUGUGUGGCUUAAAUCUAUGUAUUUUUUUACCUUGUUCUAGGUUCUACAGUUGCAGACUUGUGAGAGAGAGAGGCUUACAUCAUUAAACACUGAGACCUCAGUAUAGAAAGAACUAAGAAAGAUUUUUGUGCCCUGACUGGGAAUUGAACUGGCGACCCUUUGGUUUGUAGGCCAGUGCUCAAUCUGCUGAGCUACACCAGCCAGGUGGAACCAAGGAAGGUCUUGGUUUGGGAUACAAACUGGAGGUUAUAUGAAAAGUCUUUGAUGCAUUUUCAAUGUUCCCGUACAGCAUGGCUGGCUUCCUUUCCUUUCCUCUUUCUCUUCUUAUUCCUCUCUCUCUUUCAUUCUUUAAGUCCAUUCUGGACAGUGUUACUAAAGGGAAAUUGAAAUUUGUAGGGAGUAGGAUGUUUUGAAGAGGCAAGUUUGCUGUUAUCACCACACACUUUGGGAGGAACCUUUUUUGCAAUGCUGUGGAAUUCUUAACAUGCCUAUUCUUUUCAUAGUUCUCUGUGGCCAGAAUUGCUUGGGUAAAAAUGCAUGUGCUGGGUCAGUUUAUUAUUAGUAAACUUUAAAAUCAGAAAGCAAUGAGCUUAUUAACCUUAGAAUCAAUCAGUUACUAAGUGUGGACUGUUCACAAGAAAAACCCAUUGACUGUGAGGCCUGUUCGCAGUGUAACUGAUGCUGCCAGUGGCAUUCAUCACUGCCCCAUAUCUGCCUAAUUGUUACUUAGAAUUCCCAAACCCCACAGUUCAUAAAUGGAGAGCAGAGGAGCCAAAUGCCUUUAUGGCUGGCACGAAACGGUCUGUUUUGGUGACACCUUUUUGGAAAGUGCUGUUCAUAUGUUCAAAGAUGUAUUCAUAACACUAACCUGCUUUGACUGGAUUCAAGAAAAGGCAAUUUCAUCAUUAGUUUCAUAGUAAACUUUUUAAAAAGGAUUCUAAUUCCAAAAUGCUUGAGAAAAUUAACUAUAUUGUUUUAAAUACUCUGAUCUAGUAAGUUUAAUUCUUUGAUAGUCUUUUUUUGUAGACUUAAGUUAUCCCUUACCAAAAGUAAUUAUAGUAAUAGUUCUUUAAGGUAUUUAGGCAUUAGGACAAGAAAGCUCCCUUUAGAAUAGUUCAACAGCUUCUUUAAACAGUAUUGGUUUCAUUUAGAUAGUUGCAAAGCCAACAAAGCAUGUCAGUUUUAAUGCCAACUUUACUUGGCUUUUCAGACAGUUUGCAUUUGUAAAAAGUUUAGCCCAAAUUACCCUUCUACUUCUGUAGAGGAGAAUUGUUGGUAACAUCAAAAGUCAGGCUGCUUCAGGUGACCAGUGAGAAAGGAAAGAGGUUGAGAUUCUUUUUCCCCUCUCUGUCUUUGAAUGCCUUUGAAUGCCUUUGAAUGACUGAAAUUACCGUAGAAGUAGGUUUUGGUCCCCUUCUCGCCUACCCCUCACCAUCCAGCAAAUGCCACCAAUUUCAAGUAACUAAAAUGUGACGUUACUUUGCGUCAAGAUCAAUAAAAAUAUCUGUGAAAUCUAUAAGCCAUAAUUCAGCUACCACUAAAGUUGGAUUUUAGAGUGUGUUCCACCCUAAAUUAACCAAAGGACUUUUUAUUCAGAGUACUCCAUGUUUAAGCAUAAAGAAGCUUUGUGCCUGAUAUGGAGAGAGGAGGAGGACUAUGUUUAUUUCAUUGCUGUUUCAAAUCUGUUUCAAUCUGAACUGCUGGGUUGUCUGAACAUAACCAAGCAGUGUUAUCAGUAAUGUCAUCUUAAAAAUGCUUAGUCUUAAUAAUUUUUUAUUCAGAGAAUCUAUGGAUUGUUAGGACAAUUGAAGUAUUUCUGAUAUGAAACAAAGUAAGUGGAAACUGGUACACAAUGAGGGAAGCAAAAUUAGUUUGCAUUAAAGUGGGCAUGUUUUGUUUCAAGAAUUCUACCUAAUUUUCACCCUAUCCACAGAGAAACUAGUAUUACUUGAAGAUGUGAAAGUUCCUGUGGUAGCCAUACCUUAAAGCACAGUAUUGUAUAUAAGUAAAUAUCUUGAUUCUAAAUUAAAUUCAGAUUUAACUAAUAUAUUAUUUUGUAUCUUUGUUGUAUUAAAAUGAUUUAAAACACUAAAAAUAAAACAUUUGAAAGUUUGA